AUGAUUUGGGACGAACACGAGAAGGGCCACAAGGGCGAGAAGCACGGCCACAAGAAGGGCCACAAGAAGGGCGAGAAGACCCAUGGUUACCACCACAAAGCACACAAGGACGAAUUCCAUAAGGAACACAAGUUCUACGACGACUACCACAAAGGUGGACAUCACGAGAAACACGGCAGCCAUCAUGGACACCAUGAGAGCAAGGACGGACAUCACAAGAAGGGCGGUCAUCAUCAUUCCGGUCAUCACCAUGAUCAUCACGGAAAGAAGGGGCACUUCGACAAGGGACACUAUGACGAAGAUCACAAGGGCUAUCACGGGAAACACGGACACGACGACCAUCACUCGCACUAUGAGGAUUAUGGGAAGAAGGGAGAGCACCAUGAAGGAAAGAAACAUGGUUAUUCGAGCGGAGGUGGCGGUGGCGGUGGCGGUGGUGGCGGCCAUGGCGGCCAUCAUCAUCACUGA